AUGUCCAAGAAAAGAUUUGCAACUCAUGCUGGAAGCUGGUAUUCAGAGAAUGCUGAUGAUUUGAAUAACCAACUUUCUCAGUGGUUAUCAAAGGCUAAAGCUGUCCAUUCUCCAGCCAGGGCUAUUAUUGCACCGCAUGCUGGUUAUAUUUAUUGUGGAGCCUGUUCAGCCCAUGCCUAUCGCCAAGUUGACCCACAAAGAAUAAAAAGGGUGUUUAUCUUAGGGCCUGCUCACCAUGCCCGUCUCUAUGGCUGUGCUCUUACGGGGCUGGAGAAAUAUCAGACUCCUCUAUAUGACCUCACUGUAGAUAGUAAAAUAUAUCAAGAACUUUUAGCUACUGGACAUUUAGAAGUAAUGAGUCGUGAAACCGAUGAAGAGGAACAUAGCAUAGAAAUGCAUCUACCUUUUAUAGCUAAAGUGAUGGAAAGUAAAAAAGGCCAGUUUACUAUUGUACCAGUUCUUGUGGGAUCGUUACAAGGAGAAAAGGAAAAAGUUUAUGGAAAGAUAUUUGGCAAUUAUCUUUUAAACCCUGAAAAUCUAUUUGUUAUCUCAUCCGAUUUCUGCCAUUGGGGUCGCCGGUUCAACUACACAUUUUAUGAUGAAUCUUAUGGAGAGAUCUGGCAGUCUAUAGAAUACCUGGAUAAAAUGGGCAUGAAUAUUAUAGAAAAUAUGGAUGCCAAGGCCUUUUCAGACUACCUAUUGCAAUAUCAAAAUACCAUCUGUGGUAGACAUCCUAUUAUGGUUCUUCUUCAUGCAAUUGAGAGCAUACGAAGCUCCAGUGGUAAUAAUAUGAAAAUGAAAUUUAUAAAAUAUGCCCAGUCCAGUCAGGUGAAGAGCAUGAGAGAUUCAUCUGUUAGUUAUGCAUCAGGAGCCCUUGUCAUUCAGUGA